AGACCCCUGUAAACUCUAGAUAUGUCAGUGUCAUUAUGUGCAAAAACCAUGCGUCAAAAAGUUGAACUCAUUUUACUUCUCCUAUACAACCUAACUUCAGCCAACAAAUCAUCAACUUGCGGUGAACAACCCCUCAACUAUACAAAUGGCAUGAUAAAAUUCUCUUCUGGUCCAGAAGAAACCAUCCGAUGCAAUUGGUCGAUAGCUGUUCCAGAGAAAACCAUCACCUCAAUAAGCGUCAUCAAGAGUACCGUAGAAAAACAGAGCAAAUUGUCCUCGUUAUGCUUGACCAUCAAAGGCUCUUUGAAACGGUACUUGCAAACCUGCAACCUGAAACUCAUCAAAUCCACUAGGUUGUCGGUCAAAGAAGAGAUCAAGGUGAACAUCUCAAGUGCCAGAAGUCGCUCUGAUUUAUGGCUGACGUUUGCUUCCAGAAAUGGGACAGAAUGUCCGAACAGCGAAUUCCAGUGCCUGGACAAGAGCCACUGCUACAACACAUCCGAUAUUCACAGCAAAUACAUUAUUUGCAACGACCAUUCAGACAAGCUGGCAACUGGGAAAUGUGACGGCUUUUCCACACCUUGCGACUACGAUUCCGGAAUAUGUUUCAACAUCACGCAAAGAUGCGAUGGCAUUGUGAAUUGCCCAAGGGGUGAAGACGAGCUCAAUUGUACCAGUAUCUGCCCAAACCUGAUCAAAUGUCCAGGAGAAGACAAAUGCAUCCAGAAAUCUAAUAUCUGCGACAGAAACGUAGACUGUUCCGACCAUUUCGAUGAGAAGAGCUGCCGAUACGAAUCCAGCAACUCCAAAAUACUCAUCGUCACCACAGUCUUCAUUGUCUGCAGCUUAUUCUGCAUCAUCUUCGUGUGCUUGGUGUUUCGAUGGGUGAUCACCAAGAGAGACAUCAACAGGUUCCUGGAUAACCUCCCGGAAAUUCCUCUGGCUCCUUUCCAAGGACCUGGUGAAGAUGAUUCUGACAGUGCAAGCAGCGAUCCUUUUGAGGCGGAGUUCCGACAAGGCGGUGAAAUCUACGAGUGUUACAUGCAGUCUUUGAAAAAGAAGAGCCACUCUUCGAAAGCUGUUCAAGUGGGUGACAUUUACCCCAAAUUCUCCCACCUAGAAAUGGAUGUUGAGAACGAGUGCAUCGUUUUAGCUUCUUUGAAUGUCCCCAGGGAUAUGUGCGUUGGAUUAACCAUAUCUGAGUCUUCGAUAGAGUCGAUAAAGACCUUGAAAUCCAUUCGGGGAAAGAACGAGAAUGAUUCCGGUUCAUCGGUGUCUGAUUAUGAUACAGGCAAGCCAACUGCUCCUUUGAAUUCUGGUGAAAUUGAACCUUGUUCGGUUCGAUCAAGAUCUAGUCCCAGGGUGAAAUUCGCUUUGAUACUGGAUGCUAACUCAGAUACAAAAGCAGCAUCGGCUGUCUUAGAAAACAAUAGGUAUCCAAAGUUGAGAGCUCCUAUUUUUGAAGAAUUUGUUAAGCCGAAAGUCAGCUUGGCAGGAGGGGACUUUUUCAUAUUGAAGAAAGCCAAUUCCAUAACGGAAUCUGAAGCUUCAUGUAACCUUGAUUGCAAGUCCUAUCUGGAGAAUAUUCCAGAACGAAAUGAAGCAGUGAAACAAUUUUUGCAGAAAAAUCGGUCUGCUCCUUUACCUUGCAGUGUCAACUAUAUGACUAGGGUGGCACCUUCAAAGUCUCUUGGUAACAUUCCAAAAUUGACUGAAAGGGACAUUUCUUGUCAAAUGGCGAGGAUUUAUUCGGGUUCUGAUAGAAGUAGUCAGUGGACAGACAUUGAAGAAUGUGAUGAUACUCACCAUGGUAGUGAGUUAACUAGGAAAAUAACGGUCAAAACAGGGGUUGAAAACCUGAAGAAGAAGAAUGAAAUGGCUAAACGUAUUUGUAAGAAAAAAAUUGGGUAUUCAGUUAGAAUGUAAUAAUAAUUACAGUAUGUGCAUUUGAUUUGUUUAUAUACAGCGUGUCUCGUGUUGAGUGUAUAACCACCAUCGUAUUUCGGGUAGUAGAUGGAACGUUUUUAAUUUUUUUUCCCCAAAAUAAACUACUCGCAAGAUGACCUGGAUGUCAUGAAACAAAAAAGAGAAUUCUAUCAGUUUUCAAAGCAGCAUAAUGCCUAUUAUAGUUUCCUGAUUUUGGUGACGUAAUUUUGAUAUUUUAAUAAGAUUUGAAUCGUUCAUUCUACUCCAAAAUAGCGAGGCACUAGCCUCCCUAAAGGCCACACCCCCUACGUACCAUUUAAAUAUUUAUAUUCAAUUGUGGAAUCGUAUUGUUUUUAUUAUUCAUAAUACAAUUCAAUGACAAGUGAUAUGCACUGAAC